GUAGGCGACCUUUAAAGGGAGCGGCCUUUAAGUCCUCCCAAGGGAAGGGGAAAAGACAUUCAUCGAUUCAAUGAGAAUAGACAAUUCAGAAAUAAUAAAAAAUUUAGUAAAAAAUACAGCUUCCAAAUCAAGUCACACAUUUCGGAAUUAGUCUGCUUAUUAUAAGCAGGGCAUCACCGUUGUUUUACGUGGCAGACCUGAACUCACUUUACUUAGGAAGCACAACAACAAUAAGCUGAAGUCAUUCGAAAUCUCUUAUCCAGAUUCAUAGCGCCAGUGCUAUUGUCAUCUCAAAUCUUCUGCUGAUAAAAUUGGUUCUAAAUCGGUCUUUUAUUCUUCUUGUUAAACUCUGUUGCAGAAGUUUUGUAUUGUUGAGAGUUUGAUCCAAUAAUGAGCAAUUUCAUGGGGUCUCCUGAUGAGCAGGGAUCCCCAGUGGAUUCAGAUGUUGCUGUACGGAGAAUGACGACUCUAUUUGAAGAAUUUUGUAGAGUUUUAUGUCACAAUGGAACUAGAGCAGCAAAGGCUAUAAUUUCAGGUGAUGUUUUGCAAGAUUUAAAAGGACAGAAUGCCCUUUUUGGUCUUUACUCUUUGAAGUCCCUGCUUGAUAAAAAUCAGCAUUUGAUGAUAGAUUCCUCUCGGUUUCGCUGCUUCUACUAUUUUGUGUUCUUUAUGUGCUGUGAAAAUGGACAAAGGAGUCUUGCUGUCAACACAAGUAUAGAGGCCUGGAGAUUGGUGUUUUCAGGAAGAUAUCGAUUGCUAGAUCAAUGGUGUGACUUUGUACAGAAAAAUCAACGGCAUAGUAUCUCUGAGGAUACUUGGAGAGGACUACUGGAUUUCACUCGAUCUGUACCUGAAAAUCUUGAAGGCUAUGAUAUAGAAGCAGGUGCCUGGCCACUUCUCAUUGAUGAGUUUGUCAAUCACAUGUACAGGAAGUCAGGUCAAAAUAACAAUACCAAUGUCUUGCCUGGGUUGAUGUUAUCUUCUGGUAAUAAGAGAAGGUCCUCGUCUGGAACCGAGACAGAAAUUCACUCCAUAAACUGUACUAGUGAAAAGCCUGAAGAAUUUCCAGAUCCAUUGCGUUCAAAACGAGUGUGCUUGUGGAAGGGACAGAUCAGAAACAGUAGUUCUGUCCUCAGCGGUCUCCACUAAUUAUUCAUGCAUAGUGGUAAGUAGGUAACUUAUUGCAAGCAUCCCAGGAACCUUGUAUCAGCUUACAAGGUCUUAACUUCUGUAGGGGAAAGCAGAUAUCCAGGAUAUAUCAUGAAUGCUUUUAUUGGUGUUGUAACCAUUCUUCCUUCUGCUCAUAGGUAUUACAAUACAAUCAUUUUAUUGUGGAGAGUUGUGCAAUAUGCACAUUUGUAAAGUCGAGAUCGUUAGCAGAGUUUUGGUAGGUGAUUCUUUGGAGAUGUACAAUAAAUUUUGGUUCUAAUAUGUAAGUCCAGAAUCCAUAUCAUGGGAGGUUGAAGAUAAGUCUUGUGGCCCUUUGGAGUUUGUUAUACUUCAUGUGUAAGUGGCGCUUUUGAUUUGUUGCUCAUGUAAAGUGCAUGUAUAAUUAGUUUUCAAGAAUGCUCUAUCAGAUUAUAUUGAUGAAUGGAAUUCAGGAGACGGAUUGUUGAAAUGUCA